AUGACUGUACGAUUAUGGCUAAAAGAAUGGUACAAAAUUAUGAUUAUUAUUAUCGCACCGAUUCUAUUACUACCAUUACCAUUAUUACUUCAGACCGAUGCAUCGAAGUGUGCUUAUGCUGUACUCCUGUUAUUAAUCUAUUGGAUAUCAGAAGCUAUUCCUGUACCAGUAACGUCAUUAUUACCGCUUGUUCUAUUUCCAUUAUUGGGUAUACUCAAAGCUAGUGAAGAUACUGCUGCAUUCUUUUUUGGUAGUGUCACAUUGGCAUAUGCUAUUCAGACUGUGAAUUUGCAUAGACGUGUUGCUCUUUUUGUUUUAAAACUAGUCGGAUCAUCCGCCAAAUGGACAAUGGCUGGUCUAAUGAUCACGACAUGUUUAUUAUCAAUGUGGAUCAAUAAUGCGGCCAGUACAUCAAUUAUGCUACCUGUCGCAUUGGCAAUAGCAAAUGAAUAUGAAGUGCAUGUGAAUAGCAGAUCGAAUGUCAAUGAACGAUCAGUAGAAAUAACUAAUAUUUCUAUGCCAUCAAGUGAAGAAGAAAAAUCAGCUGAACAAGAAGAAAAAUCAUCAUCAGAAGAAGUUAUAAAAUUGAGAAAAGGUUUUAUGUUAUGUGUCGCAUACGGUUCAGUUUAUGGUGGACUUUCAACUAUUGUCGGAUCGGCAGCUACUAUUUUUCUUAAAGCAUUUGUAGACGAACAAUAUGCAAAUACUAACUUUCGUAUUACAUUUCUCAAUUAUCUUAUAUUCGUUCUUCCAGUAGUUGUACUUAUGAUGAUAACAUGCUGGUUAUGGCUACAAAUUCGCUAUAAUUUUCAUGGGUGGAAUGAAGUCGUUGUUUCGAUACUCUUUAUCACAGCAAUCGUAUUGUGGAUUACGCGUGAUUUGGCAGGAGGACAACGUGGUUGGAAUGUUCUUUUUCGAUCUGGAUAUGUGUCCAAUGGUACAGUGGCUUUAUUGAUCGGUAUUCUAACAAUGAUCUUACCGAAUGAUAAUCCAUUUUCAAAAAAUUAUAAAUACAAACCAAUUAUUUCUUGGACAGAUUUAUCAAAGAAUUAUCCAUGGGGAACAUUGACACUGCUCGGUGCUGGUCUAUCAAUUUCACAAGCAUUUCAAAUCUCAAAAUUAUCGAAUCUUCUUGGUAGUGCAUUACAUUUUCUUCAUAGUUCAUCACGCAUUGUCAUUCUUGUGGCCAUCAUUGUUUUAAGUGAACUAUGUACACAAAUGAUUAAUAAUCUUUCUGUUGGUAUGUCACAUAUGGUUACACGUGAUUCAAACAAAAAGAUAAUUUACUGA